AUGAGGAAUCACCGUUUCCACCAAGACAAGACGCCGCCGCUGCUGCUGAGAGCGUCUCAGAAUAACGACGCUCCUGAACGCACCGCACGUAUCACGACGCAGAGAGGCGCAGAGACGUCCGUGAACACAACCUCGCGGUGCAUUGUGGGAUCUUUACGUAAAGCAAACAUGGCUGCAGCCUGUGCUAGAUCUCUCAGUAAGGUCGGUUGGAGCCUUUUAGAGUCUCCGCUGGCCCGCCGGCCCGGUACCGGCUUCUACUUGGCGGGGAACGCCGGUGCACGAGUGUCCGGUAGAGGCUACAGUACCGGAAGCGGGCCGGGGCUCCGCUCCAGGCUGCUGUCCUCUCUGCGGGAAGGAGGAGGCAGGGUGCUAGGCUGUGCUUUCCUACUCGGAGGAGGUCUGGGUUUAUAUCAGACUGUCAAGUUUUCGGCCCAGCAGCACCUGCAGGCCGAGGAGCACUGCAAGGUUCAAGGUGAUGGCCUGAAGUUGGUUCUCUACCAGUAUAAAACCUGCCCGUUCUGCAGCAAGGUGCGAGCCGUGCUGGACUACUACGGGCUGCCCUACGACAUCGUGGAGGUGAACCCGGUGAUGAGGAAGGAGAUCAAGUGGUCGGCCUACAGGAAAGUGCCCAUCCUGAUGGUGGAUAGUGACGUGCAAAUGAACGACUCCUCUGUCAUCAUCAGCUGCCUCAAAACGUACUUAAUCAACAAGAAGAAGAGCAUGCCUGAGCUCAUUCGCUGCUACCCGGAGAUGAAGUCGGUGAACGACAGAGGAAAGGAGGUGACGGAGUACAACAACAAGUACUGGCUGAUGCUGAGCGAGGAGGAGAACGAGCUGAUUUAUCCCGAGAAGGGAAUGCAGAAAGAGGAGAGGAAGUGGCGUCAGUGGGCUGAUGAUUGGCUCGUGCAUCUCAUAUCUCCCAACGUUUACCGAACUACCGGCGAGGCCCUGGCCUCCUUUGAUUACAUCGUACGAGAAGGGAAGUUUAGUAGUUUUGAAGGCUUCUUUGCCAAAUAUGUCGGUGCUGCAGCCAUGUUCGUCAUCUCCAAAAGGCUGAAAAGUCGACACAAUCUGCAGGACGAUGUCCGGCAGGAUCUCUACAAGGCCGUCAACGACUGGGUGGCAGCCAUCGGCAAAAAGAGGAAGUUCAUGGGUGGAGAUGAUCCCAACCUGGCAGACCUGGCGGUGUUUGGUGUCCUCAGAGUGAUGGAGGGCCUGCAGGCGUUUGACGACAUGAUGGAGAACACAAAGGUCAAACACUGGUACCGACGCAUGGAGAGAGCAACGCUGAACCACGAGGGACGAAAAUGAGGCUGAGCUGAGUCGGACAGAUGAAGGAGACCACAGAAAACUGAGCACUUCCAACUCUCUGGGGGGGAAAAAAAGACUGAAAAUGGUAAACCCCCAGGAAGAAAGUGACCGGCAUCAGGAAGCAGGACUUCCUGCUUCCUUUGCGGAAAUGUCAAACUCUAACCAACUAUCACUGCUGCCUCGAUUGAUUUCCUGCUUAGACACACAUGAAUCUGAUCCUAUCGAUUUACAUGAAUGGGUUGUUGAACUGUAAUUACUGUCACCAGAUAUUUAAUUUCACCUCUACUGGUGAACUGUGGAGACUGAACAUCAGUAGAUCUUAUUGUAUCUUUUUCCUGAUUUUGGUGCAAUAAAUCAACACAGUGAAGUCACAAUUACACUGUAAAAAUGUGGUGUUUAAUACAGAGUAUUAUAUACUAUUACUGCCCCUUUAACUGUAAGACACACAAGAGACACAAGGCAAGGGGGGGAUGUUUAAAAGAAAUAUUUUGCAGUCCUCACCAUGAGCAGCCUGCAUUUCAUGUAUUCUAUUCAUUGUUGAAAAAAGAGCAACACAGUACAAAAUAUGUUCUUUUUCAGUAAAAUUUGGGGUGUUUUUUCAGGGGCUCAAAAGCUGAUCUCUACUGUAAUGUGUAAUCUUUUAGCUCCGCAGUCUCUUCUAACAGUGGAAAAAGUUGAAAAGACGGUUUUUCUGAUUUGCGGUUUAAAGCAUCACCACUUAUAUUCAAAAUAGUUGAGAUAAUAGACUUGUUGACACUCAGAUUACUCAGUGUUAAUGAUUUAACACAUCCAAAGAAAAGUCUCAAGUUCUUCUAAUAGAAGAUGUGUUGGUUUGAAUUUCAGACAUUUAUUCAUCCUCUUCCUGUGCACUUUCACAUCACAGCAACUUUGUCUGGAAAACUGGUCAUUUAGACUUCAAAGUUCUGUUGUUUGGGUGUAAACACGGUACAGUUGCCAUGAGAUCACAUUAUCUAUUUAUUUAUUUCCAGAUCAUUGUUUCUGUGUAGUUGAGGCAAAAUCAGUCAGGCAGUGAGGAAGCUCAGUAGCUGGUGUUCUCGCUUUUUCUUGGGGUAAAAUAAAAUGAAAUACAAGAGGAACUGGUGAGCUGCCAGUUCGAAUGUAUAUAACAUACAAACUGCACAUCAGUUUCAGAUUAAAUUGUAUUAAAACCAUCUUAAUGUGCAUAGUUGUAAAAAGGUUCAAUAAAGACACAAACCUGG